CAUCUACUUGCCCGCUCCCAACCCUUGCAAAGCCCACGAUUCGUCGCAACUUUAGCUAUGGCUUCCAGGCUCCAGCUCUUGCCUUCCUUCAUUGCAAUUGCGGUUCUCGCGGCGGUUAUCCAUCCCUGCGCAUCCGUUGAGUUCCACCGCAAGCUCUCCAGUUGGUCUAAUGCCGGCGCGACGUGGUAUGGCGCCGCCAAUGGCGCCGGGAGUGAUGGCGGUGCGUGCGGGUACAAGGGCGCCGUCGACCAGGCACCGUUUUCGUCCAUGAUCGCCGCUGGCGGCCCUUCCCUCUACGCCUCUGGCUUGGGCUGUGGAUCUUGCUACCAGGUGAAAUGCACCGGUAACGCCGCGUGCUCGAGCAGCCCGGUGACGGUCGUCAUCACGGACCAGUGCCCCGGCGGCCCUUGCUUGGAAGAGCCGCACUUCGACCUGAGCGGGACGGCGUUCGGUGCCAUGGCGAAGCCCGGCCAGGCCGACCAGCUGCGCGCCGCCGGCGUUCUCCAAAUCCAGUUCACCCGCGUGCAGUGCAACUGGGCGGGAGUGAAGCUAACCUUCGUCGUGGACGCCGGCUCGAACCCGAACUACUUCGCCGUGCUCGUACAGUACCAGAACGGCGACGGCGACCUCUCGGCCGUCGACCUCAUGCAGAGCGGCGCCGCGGCGGCAUGGGCGCCGAUGCAGCACUCGUGGGGCGCUGUCUGGAAACUCGACGCCGGGUCGGCCCUGCAGGCGCCGCUCUCCCUCCGCCUCACGUCCAGCUCUGGCAAGAAGCUCGUCGCCAGCAACGUCAUCCCCCUCGGGUGGAAGGCCGGCUCUGCGUACCAGUCGGCGGUCAAUUACUAGCUAAUCCGUAUGGGUUUUCUAUAUAUACGUACUUGUAUUGUAUUGCAUGCACGUACGGGAUGGUGCAACAUGCAUGCAACCAAAUAUGCA